AUGUUGCGUAUUACUCCACGAUGUGUAACAAGAUUGAAUUUCAACAAGACAUUUGCCUCGCAAUCAUCAAUAUCGGGUUUUAAGACCAUUAAUCAAGGAUCAAAAUAUUCUCAAAACUUUAAGCAAUACCUCUGUAUGCCUAACGGCGAUGCAGGUUCCUUUUUCCAUGAUGUUCCACUUGGCCUGACUCCUGAGGAUGCUACUGUGAAUAUGGUUGUUGAGAUUCCUAGAUGGUCGAAUGCGAAGUUCGAGAUAUCCAAGGAACUAAAACUCAAUCCUAUUACUCAGGAUACAAAAAAGGGUAAACUAAGAUUUGUGAAUAAUAUUUUUCCAUUCAAGGGUUACAUGCAUAAUUAUGGUGCAAUUCCACAAACUUGGGAGGACCCAACAACAGAAGAAUUUCAAGGUACUGGACUCAAAGGGGAUAACGAUCCUCUAGAUUGUUGUGAGAUAGGUUCGGCCGUUUUAAACAUAGGUGAAAUUAAGAGAGUAAAAAUCUUAGGCUCACUGGGUUUAAUAGAUGAUGGAGAGUUAGACUGGAAAGUUAUCGCCAUCGAUAUAAAUGAUCCCUUGGCGGGUGAGCUACAGAACCUUACAGAUGUAGAAAAGCAUAUGCCUACACUAUUACACCAUACAAGAGAGUGGUUUAGAAAUUAUAAAGUCCCUCAAGGUAAACCUAGAAACGAAUUUGCUUUCAACGAGGAGUAUUUAGAUGUAGCAAAAACUCUCUCUGUAAUCCAAAAAUGUAACAAAUCCUGGGAGAAGCUACUAUCUGGAAAAGAUCUAAAAACAUUUGACUCGUUACCUACGACACAGAGAUCAUCAAAAAAUAUUCGGAUAAGCACGACGAGUGAGAUUGAUUCACCACUCCCUUCAGAAACAAAAAUUUGGCACUACGUUUAA